CUGAUAACAAGAUGAGACAAGAAGACCAUAAACCUUACAAGGAUGAGGUUGCUUAUUCUUCUCUCUUUCCUCUCCACCCUUGCUCUGGCAUACAGACCACUCAGGCCCCAGCCGGUCCGAAACUUCCCUAAGACUAGAGUAGAGGAUGUCGGAGAACCUCUGUUUCUCACCCCCUACAUUGAAUCUGGAGAUGUGGAGACAGGGCGCAACCUCGCCAGGGUUGACUCCACCCUCCUGGAGGGAACACACAGUGAUAUCGAGAGCUACUCUGGGUUCAUUACUGCAGACAAGGAGAACAAUGGAAACAUGUUCUUCUGGUUCUUCCCUGCAGCAGAGAACCCUGAUACUGCUCCAGUAGUAAUCUGGCUCCAGGGAGGACCUGGAGGUUCAUCUAUGUUCGGACUCUUGAAACUCCACGGACCUUUACUCUCUGGAGAUGAUGAAAACGGAAACUUUGGAGUUCGUGACAAUCCUUACUCCUGGCAUAGAAAACAUAAUAUCAUAUACAUUGAUAACCCAGUCGGAGCAGGUUACUCCUUUAGUGACAAGCUGCCUGAGACCCAGGAUGACGUGUCCCAGAACCUGUACAACAUGCUCCAGCAGUGGUUUAAACUCUUCCCUAUGUACCAGGGCAACGACUUCUAUCCCUUCGGAGAGUCCUAUGCCGGGAAGUUUGUUCCUUCAAUUGCUAAAAAGAUUCACGAGGAGAACAGUAAUCCUGAUAAUAUCAAAAUAAAUCUGGCGGGGUUGGGAAUAGGAGAUGGAUGGAUGUCUCCCUUUCAUAAUGCAAGAUACGGAAACUUCCUUUAUCAGGUUGGAUUAAUUGAUGAGAAUGAACUAUCUUUAUCCUUGAAUAUGGAAUCAGAAACACAAUCUCUCAUCAAUGAGGAACAAUGGUAUGAUGCCUGGCUGUCCUGGAACAAUGAGUUUGGAUAUUUCCUGGACAGGAUGGAGUACAGUUACUACUACGAGAUAACUCAGGCAGAUUACGAUCCCUCAGAGGACGAUUACGAGAUAUUCUGUAACCUUGAGUCAACUAGAGAAGCCCUGCAUGUUGGAACCCUGGAGUACCCUAACUCCGGAGACGUUUACUUCUCUAUGAUCAACGACUUCAUGCAGUCCUCCAUUCAUGAUAUAGAGUUCCUCCUCGAACAAUAUAAGGUUUUAAUCUACGACGGAAAUUUUGAUAUUAUCUGCAAUCAUUCCGGUAUUUUGGAUCUAAUCAAUGAUAUGGAAUGGAGCGGAGCUGCUGAGUAUAGCUCAACGGUGAGGACUGCGUAUAGAUACGAGAACGAGUUGGUGGGAUAUCUCAAGCAAGCACAGAACCUGAACCUUCUCCUGGUUCGGAACGCAGGUCACAUGGUUCCUUUAAGCCAGCCUGCCUGGGCCCAACAGAUGCUUGAGGAUUUUACAAGUGGAUCUUUGUAAUCUACUGUGCAACGUGAAGGGAGUGUUUACAAAAAAUAUAUUCCUCCUUUUAUUUAGUUAAUACUCCCUUUAAACUCGAGAAGAAUUCGUCUAUUUAGAACAGUCUAUAUUUGCAGAAGUUUAAUGUUUAAUAAACGAAUUUAAUAUAAAA